AUGGAAAACGUGACUGCCUCGACGAACCGCUUGUCGUCCGUCACCGGUGUGCACCUGUUCAAGAUCUCCGGGCACUCCCUGAUCAAAGGCACCGACCUAUACAUCAUGUCCAAGACCUUCCGCGUCGGCGGCCACGACUGGGCUAUCCAAUACUACCCCUACGGCCAGAAGGAGAAGGACGACGGCAACAAGGAAGCAGCGGGCAACAAGACAGCCGGCGGAGAGCAUACGUCGGUUUUUCUCUACCUGAAGAACGCCACCCAGGGCGAUGCCAGAGCGAACUACUGGUUCUCCCUCCAAGACCCUGCGUCGCCGGCGACGGGGGAGAAGAACAGAAGAGGCGGCUGCACGACCGACUUCUCGUCGAAAGCAUCGGCAUGGGGUUACAGGAAGUUCGUAAGCAAGGCCGAUCUGGCUGCAUCUGGAUGCAUCAAAGACGACUGCCUAGUGAUCAAGUGCACCAUCGAGGUUAUUACCUCCGAGCGCUUCGACGACCACGGAGAAGACGACGUCGUGGCCGUGCCGCCCUCCGAACCGAUCAAGAAUAUCGGCGGACUUCUUGAGAACGGCCUCAAAGCGGACAUGACCGUCAAGAUCGGCUUGUUCAAGAGGUUCAAGGUGCACGGUUGCAUCCUCGCCGCGCAGUCGCCAGUCUUCCGUGCGCAGCUGUGUGGCUCCAUGCUCGAGAGUAGGAGAAGCAGCAUCCGCAUCAAGGACAUUGACGCUAGAGUUUUUGAGGUCCUGCUACAUUACAUGUACAAGGACUCCCUGCCUCCAUUCAUGGAGGAGACCAGCGAAGAGGCUACAAACAUGGCACAACAUUUGCUUGUCACAGCCGAUCGGUAUGCCAUUGAAAGAUUGAAGCUACUUUGCGCGAACAAGUUGAGCAAGAUGCUAGAUGUCAACACCGUGGGUUUUACUCUGGAUUUUGCUGAGAGAAACAACUGCCAGCAACUCAAGGAUUGCUGCGUCAAGUACAUGGUACGGAACCUCGCUAUGUCAAUCUAUUCAUCUACCCUCCUCGAUUUCUUUUCCCGGAACUUCUUAAGUACUAAGCCAUCGCCGGCGGCCACUGCACCCAAGCCCUCAUCAUACGAUGUCAUCCACGCCGGCGAGCACACGUUAAAGGUUGUGGGGCACUCCAUGCUCAAAGAAGGCGAUACCAUGCUCACCUCCGGGCCCUUCAGCGUGGGCGGUCACGACUGGGCUAUCGUCUACUUUCCAAACGGUGACUCGAGGAUCGUCGACGGGCAGUUCACGUCUGUUUUUCUCAAGUUGCUGAGUGACAGCGAGGACGAGGUCACGGCGACCUACACCUUCAGCCUCCAGGAUCCUGCAUCGCCCGUGACCGGAGAGAAGAACAAACGCGGACCCGCCACCGCGAAGUUCUCGUCCAACCAGCCAGGUUGGGGUACUCCUAAGUUUGUUAGUAAAGCCGAUCUGGCCGCGUCCGGGUGCCUCAAGGAUGAUUGCCUGGUGAUCAAGUGCACCGUCAAGAUUGUUACCACCAAACUCAUGAAAGACCAUGAAGUUGAUGGCGACGACAACAGCGUUGUCGUGCCACCCUCCGAUCUCCACAGCCUUCUUGAUAGAGAGCUCAAGCCGGACGUGACUGUUAAGAUUGGUUGGUUCAAGAGAUUCAAGGUGCAUGGGCGCGUGCUCGCUGCACAGUCUCCGAUCUUCCGUGCCCUGGUGGAGAGCAAACAAAACUGCAUCCGCGUUGACGAUAUGGAUGUCAACGUCUUCGAGGUACUGCUGCACUACGUGUACAAUGAGACUCUGCCCGACUUCAUGGAGGAGACCACGGAACAUGCUUUAAACAUGGCGCGCCAUUUGCUUGUCGCCGCUGAACGGUACGAGAUAGCGAGGCUAAAACUCAUAUGUGAGAGCAAGCUUAGCAAGGCUAUAGAUGUCAACACAGUGGGGUUAACUUUGGAUCUUGCAGAGAAAUAUAGUUGCCAGCAGCUCAAGGCUUGCUGUCUCAAGUACAUGCUAAGAGAUGGUGAUAGACUACGAACUAUUGUGAAAACAGAGGGGUUCGAACAGCUUAAGCAAAACCGUCCACAUGUGGUGUACGAUAUUCUUAGUAAAGUUAUUGACAAGUUGUAA